AUGGUGAUGCAGAGGAAGUUCGUUUCGGUUAUUGUUUUAGGGUUAUGUUUGGUGCUGGGAAUGUCCCACUACGUUAAUGCAAGAAACUUGGAGAAAACUUCAAAGGAAGAGGUGAAGAAGCCGGAGUCUUGCAUAGAUGGAGGCUCCGGUGGUGGUUUGGGUGGAGGAAGUGGUGGUUUGGGAGGAGGAUAUGGCGGAGGUGGUAGCGGUUUAGGUAGCGGAUUUGGAGGAGACGGAGGAGGUGGUAGUGGUCUAGGUGCCGGAAUUGGUGGAGUCGGAGGAGUUGGAGGUGGUGGAGUUGGUGGUGGUAUAGUGGGUGGAAUUGGUGGAGGCAUUUACAAAGGAAUUGGAAUUGGUGGUGUUGGAGGUGGUGUAGGUGCCAUUGGUGGAAUUGGUGGUGUCAUUGGUGGUUUCGAGAAUGUUGAAGCCAAUAAGCCUUGA